GUCUGAAUUCGGACACGUUCGCUCAGCCACGGCACUCGGCUGUGGGCUGGGGGCAAGGCAAGCGACGUCUCUUCCCUCUCACGGCGCGACACUAGCGGAGUCCGUCUCGCUCAUGUGCCAGUGUCUGUGUGUCUGUGUGUCUGUCUGUCUGUGUGUGUCUGUGUGUGUUGUGGGGGGGUAGUUCAUAGGUGGAGCGCUACGAUCCCGGCAAUCCCUGAGUUCGAUUACCGACUUACGGACAACACCAGCGGUGGUGGCGGUGACGAUUAUCUGGACCGGUCCUGGGCCUCCCCUAGGUCGACUCAGCCUCAAAUGAGUACCUGGUGCGGUGUGUAAACAUCGCCAUUGGGGGGGGAGACAAAGGCGGUCGGGCAUUGGUUGUUGGCCAACCCGCCCCCUCGUGUGUUGCCGUUCCUGGCCUUGAGUAGGUGCUACUCGCUAACAGCACUUGCCCCAACAGUCUGUGAAGGCUACACGGGGGAUCUUUGUCAUCGUCUCCUUCCCCCGAUGGAGUGACUCGAUUUGAAGGACUGAGUGUCUUUUUUUUAUUCCGACAAUGGAGUGUCAAUGAUAAUCCAGGAGGAUUUACCUUUUUAUAUUUUAUCGACAGGACGAUUCCUCGCUCAAUUCGGCGUGAUCGUCAUCUUUUACAUUUUAACAAACAAUCAAAAAACCACGUGACAAUCUCCUAAAGUAUUAUUUACAAGUAGUAGUCGUUCUUCGAUAGUGCGGAUAACAAGAAGAUCUGAUCGAUACAGAAGACCUGGGAACCCAUCGUUCGUCUCAUCCACCGCCGUCUCUUCCACGACCCUUCGGAGUUUCACCUAUAACGACCAUGACGCCCAUCGUCACCGGCGGAGUACUCUUACUCCUCGCUUUAUCGACCCCGUCUCAAUGCGCUCCGGACAGGAGGAGCCCUCCCUUGCCGGGACCCCGCGAUUUCAGCGGCCACGCGAACGCCGUCCGCUCCCAAGCAGCAGCAGUCGCGGCGGCGGAGGCGACAUUGUGGAUCCGGCACGAGGAGUUGAACCGUGGUGUGGGCAGGGAAGAGGUCGAGGUGGAGGAGGAGGUGGAGGAGGUGCCGAGGAGGAGGCUACCGCAAGCCAUCAUCAUCGGCGUGAAGAAGGGUGGAACCCGCGCUCUACUCGAGGCACUGCGGCUCCAUCCGGACGUGAGGGCGGCAGGAGCUGAGCCGCACUUCUUCGACAGGAAUUACCAGCGAGGCCUCGAGUGGUACAGGAGCCUCAUGCCGCCCACGCUUGAGGGCCAGCUGACGAUGGAGAAAACCCCGAGCUACUUCGUGACGGAGGCGGCUCCGGCUCGCAUCAGCGCGCUGGCGCGGGACGAACGCGACAGCUUCCGCGGAGACCACAACGGCAGCGGCGGCGGCGGCGGAGGUGGCGACGUAGGAGGUGGAGACAUGCGCCUGGUGGUGGUGGUGCGCGACCCCGUGACCCGCGCCAUCUCCGACUACGCUCAGACUCUCUCCAAGCAGCAGCAGCAGCAGCCGCCCACCGCCGCCACCGCCGGCAACGCCACGCGCGUCCCGUCCUUCGAGGCGCUGGCCUUCCGCGCUAACGGCUCGGUGGACCCGAGCUGGAGCGCCGUGCGCAUCGGCCUGUACGCGCAGCACCUGGCGCGCUGGCUGCUCCACUUCCCGCUGGGGCGCAUGCUCUUCGUGAGCGGCGAGCGGCUGGUGACGGCGCCGGCCGGCGAGCUGGCGCGCGUCCAGCGCUUCCUGGGGCUGCGCCCCGUCAUCGGGGAGCAACACUUUGCGUUCGACGCCGCCAAGGGCUUCCCGUGCCUCCAGAGGAGCGGCGGGAAGAGGCCGCACUGCCUGGGCAAGACCAAGGGCAGGCCGCAUCCUCGCAUAGAGGCCGAGGCCAUCCGGAGGCUGCGGGACUUUUACAGGCCCCACAAUCAAGAGUUCUACCGGAUGGUGGGGCACGACUUUGGCUGGGAUUGAUGUGGUGAAGACAGUGGUGGAGAAGGUGGUGGCGGUGGUGGGGUAGGAGGUUGAUGCGUUGGCAGAGGUGGUGGUGGUGGUGGUGGCGUUCAUGAUAGGACGGGAACUGGGGGUUACCAUCUCUGAGCUAACGAAAAAUAUUAAUCCGGGGCAUUUCAUGGCGGGGGGGGGGGGGGGGAGGAAAGAAUAAGAAGAGGAGGAAGAUGAAGACGAAGAAUAUUCAGACUGGAGCGUCGCCACGCAGCUGACAACAAGCCGGGACUUGCAUUAACGGCUCGCAGAUUAUCCCUGGACCGCUCAACAAGAGGACGGUUCAGGGGACCAAAAUAACCGGGACAGGUGGCAACCCCUGCCGUGACACGGUGGUGCUGCUGCUGGUGCUAGUGCCAGCGCAAAGUGUUUAGGCAGUACAGCAAGUGGGUUGCCGACGCCAUCUGUCCCCGGGUUUGUCGUGAGCGCCGUGUCUGGCUUUGAGACUCGACGAAGCCUAUUGCUGGGUAAAUUAAUAAUUGUUGUUAACGUUAUUAGUUGUGUGUGUGUGUGCGUUUUUUUAUAUCACUCGUAUAAUUAUUAUUAUUACCGUGCAUUAUUUAAGUAUCUUAAAAAAACCCAGUCCGACGAGAGUUAAUAUCGGAAACUCUGAACGCGUAGGGACGACGCGUAUCUCUCGUGUGUAUAUAUACACACACACACACACGAUUUAUAUAUUACCGCUGGUGCCUGAUUUUACUCAAUUGUCUUCACACACGUGCACUCGGAUAAACACACGUGUGUGCGUGUUUAGUUUACAUCGAGCAAAGAAAUAAAUGCAACCCUUGCCAGCCUUUGAAGGACUAAACAACCCGACAUCCCACGGAAUUUCUCAGCUCUGCCUUUUAUUUUUAGAGGGCAGCUCUCGGAUGUUGGCUUGUAAUGUGGGGAUCGAGGGUUACUCCCUCUCCCCCCCUCCGCACGCGUGCAUUUUCUCCGGUGGGAUUUUUCUCCCCGUUUUCUCUCGCGUGGUGUAAAACCACCCACUGAUGGAGUUGGGACAAACGUGCCAAUGUAGGACUCCAGAGCUCGGGCAACUUGUUGACGUGGAGUUCUGGCUGCCUUUCCCGAAUUGUCUGUGGGUUUCCCCGUGCGCGCUCUGAAUCGUUCCGUCUGUGUGUGUGUCUGUCUCUCUCUUUCUCGUGAACGAAAACUGUGCGUGUUACAAAUACUAAAUUAUUAUUUAGAUUGUCAUCUUUGAAUAGCUCACGGAGAUGGCCGUUACGUUUUAUUUUUAGGAAGCCGUCUGUAAAUGCACACCGCCGCCGCCGCAACUUUGCUCGUGGCACCUCCAAUUGACAUCGGACGUUGAGCCAACGUCGGGCCAACGUUGGCUCAACGUUUUGCUCGACGUUGGCCCGACAUUGACUCAACGUUGGCCCAACGUUCUGCUCGACGUUGGCCCGACAUUGACUCAACGUUGACUCAACGUUGACUCAACGUUGGCUCAACGUUGACUCGACAUUGACUCAACGUUGGCUCAACGUUGACUCAACGUUGACUCAACGUUGGCUCGACAUUGACUCGACGUUGACUCAACGUUGGCUCAACGUUGGCUCAACGUUGGCAUGUAGUUGGAACCAUUGGCACGACGUUGGCCCUGACGUUGGCCCUGACGUUGGCCCUGACGUUGGCCCUGACGUUGGCCCUGACGUUGGCCCUGACGUUGGCCCCACCUUUACCGGGCAGCGGCGUCCUUGAUGCGCUGCAGGCAUCGCCGUUUUUUUUUUUUUGCUGCGAAGGCCCGGACGAUUAUCAGACGAUCUGCAUUAGCCCCCUGCGGCGAGAGACGUUAAAGACAUGAGGAUCCAAUCAGCGGGAAAUAAGCUCAAGGGUGGCCUACGCGUUUACAUUCUUUGUACGAGGCUCACUGAUUGAGGUACGGGGUGAGGGAGCGACUUGGGAAAGUGGGGGGGGGGGGGGGGGGCAGUGGGUGAAGGAUGGAUGAGGUUAAGGAAAAUAGAGCAAUGCCAAUUAUUUUUUGUGGUCGCCUGCGAUUACACACGGAGGAUGAUGAGGAGGAGGAAGCGUCCGUCACACUCCAGGCUGCGCGCCGCACGUACAUGUCUGUAUUAUGUUGAACUUCUUUAGGCGACGGUGAUAAUCGGAGGCGCGGGGGGAAGGACAACAAUUUCAACACAACAAAGCAGUUCUAAAGAAUUGAGUUUUCAAUGUAGCUUUACAAGUGCAUAGCUCCUAGUGCCUUCCUAAUAUCGGAAUGAAGAGCGUUCCAGACGGCCUCAAAAGCGCCGCAUCUGAAAGCGCCGUGCGAUGUGGGUGCCACCGUCUUUGUUCGAUGGCUGAGCCAAAAAGCCGCCGCCGCUACUGCGAGGUUGACCGGAGAUCACGUGACGACGGCUUUACGCUCCUUGACCAGAUGAGCGAGGUAAUUGUGGUUCAUUUGUGGCGAGCACUUUUUGCGUGUAAGGAAAACACGCGCGUGUGUAAUGGAGGUUUUUCGGUUAGUUCGCGUGAAUAUAUAAUUUGGCAUAAUAAAGUUUUUUGGGUUAGAUCGCGUUAUUUAUCAAUGUGUCGUAACCCUCCACUGCCCGACACGGCCAAAAAGUAAAAAAUGUGUCACGUUUACGAAGGACAAAUAAAGCCUCCGUGUUAAUAUAAUUUGGCGUUAAACGCGCCCCCACCCGAAACGGCCGAUUAGUAAGGUUAGUCAGGUCAACAGAACGUGCCAAUUCGUUGCUAGUACAGCGCACCGGUGUGUUGGAGAGUAAACCCACAGCAUUUACAAUUUUAUUUACGUGACAAACCUUACCAAGUGGCUGUGUCGGGUGGUGGCGGGUUGAACGACGAACAUUUACGCGAUCUAAGCCCAAAAGUAACCAUUUCAGGUGGGAAUAAAUUAGCCGCAUAUACAGCGCGAAACCGCACAAAUUAAGUGAACGUCAUCUUUUCCUUGGUUUGUUCUUGUCGUUGCGUCACAGACAUUGGUGUCCCGCUAGGCCAGGUUUAGACCGCUGCACCACCGCUCCCCACACACGCUGACACACACAUGGAUGACGAAGCCACCCACCCUACCCACCACUCCGCACCAGGUCGUGCGUGACGUGGGUGUAAAUUGUGGGUAGCUCACACCUCUUCGAAGACGUCUGGCCAGUGUGGAAGAGUAGGCCAAAUACGCCUGCAGAUGUGCUCUCGAGAGCUCUUUCCUCUCUCUCUGUCUCUUCCCCCCCCUCUAGUGGAGGCCCGUUGCACCAGCAGUGCCGUGAGCGGGCUAUUGCAGGGCUGCGCCCUUGUUUGCCUUUCGGUUUAAAAGCACAACUUGAUUUUGUGGGCAAGUACUUGCCACCACAGAUCAUCGGCGUUAGAGCCUGAUAAGUUUAAAAUGUACAUGAUGAAAAAUAUAAACGACUAUAUAACGAGGAUAUCCUACCCCCCCCCCAAAAAAAACAACUAAAAGCCUCCCCCACCUUUGACACGUGUCUGCAAAAUGAUCCGUCGGCGAGUUGCCGCUACUCUACGAUUCAAUCAUUUUGACACAAAAUACGAAGCGUCGUGCGUUCCUGAUCAUCAACGUUCGUUAGAACCUCCCAAGCAAAAUACGAGCUGAGUGACAAAGUCGUGGGGCACAUUGUUUUUUGACAGUAUCACAAUGCUGGCCAGUAUCACAAUACUGGUAAAAAUGUACCCCGUGAUGUAGCUGCUCACCCCGAGCUAUGAAUGCCCUGGUAGUGGCAUUGCCCUUGUUCUGUUCGCCUUGUGGCGUCGUUCUUUGCUCUGACACUGGUGAGGCCGGGCCCUAAAGAAGGCUGUCUCUGGUGUAGACCAAUCAGUUUCAAAGACAAUGCCCAUUUAUUGUCAAGAGCGUGCUUGUGUGCAUGUUCGCUACAAGCACGCGUGGUUUUUGCCGACUUGAAUCCUUGCGAAAUGUAUCUGUGUGGUGUUGAACAUCUGAACACCUCAUGUUUUAAUGCCAGAAAGGGAAAAAAAAACUUAUUUUUCAGUGCGCAAAGGCGACGCUUCAACGAUGCAAAUUUAACGAAGGAGAGCGUUGCCCAUUGUAAAUUAGUGCCUCUUGCACGAGAUCUAUAUUUUUCCGGAGCGAUCGAUUACACGGUCACGCGCCGUCUUAUCCGACAGCUGUCGGAGCGCGUUACGAACGCUAUUGCGUCGUAAGGUCACGGACGUUGGACCGUGCGUGCGUAGGGGAGGGAGGGCUCGUGCCGAGCAAACUGCACUUGCAGAACUUUGUUAUGCGAUUUUGCCAAACGCAGCAAACAGCACAAUGGAGAUAUUAUUUUAAAGGCUACAAAUAACCAAAAGUUAUCGAGACAAAAAUUAUACCGCAUCGCGGCAAACCCCCGAUGAGCAUGAGCAACCGGUUUCUAUUUAAGAUCGGCGAAGAUAUUUGGAGGUGCAUUCUUUUUUUUUUACCAAAGAAAUAUUUUUGACGCAAUGUACAUAACUCAGGUAACGAGAAAAAAGCUUAAAUUAAGCGCGCAAAUGUGUUAUUUUACUCUCGUUUGUUUCAUCCGUCUGUUUUCUUUCUUUCUUGCUUUUAAACACAAACACGCCAAGGUAUUCUGCUUCAAGAUGCCACAUUUAAAUUAAUAUAGCCUCAUAAAUGACACACACACACGCACACGCGCGAGUCCAUGCAAAGGCCGCCCAGAGUAAAGGGGAAAUGAAGCCCAAAAUUCCCCCGAUGCCCUCCAUCUGUGUGACCUCGCACAAGAACGGUGACCCCACAAACCAGUGGUGAUCGUAAAGUAAAAAAACGUCGCUCAACAAACCUUCAGUGACUUUCCAGCUCAUCGACAACGCGAGGCAUUGGUGCUCAACUCCCAGUUUUUGUCCAGCCCUGCAGGUCCACUUGGUGGAAAUUCCACAUUGCCAUGGCGGGGGGUGGGGGGGUGGCGAGUCUAUCCGGAGGACAACACUCCGCUGUCAACUUCACCACAAAUAAGUAAACCCGUAAAAACAAAGUUUUUCACUCUAAAUCCUUUAUAUGCGUGGCGGCUUGAGUCCUCUCGUCCUCUAGCUUGAGAUGGCUGCCACCUAUGGGUCAGAUGAUUGUCUGCAGUAUUAAACAAUUGGUAAUUAAAUAUAAUAUUUUUGUCCUAUAAAGUGUAAAAUUUUGGAAAAAAUUUUUCACGAACAUUAAUUGUCUCGCACAACGAGUCUGUGUGGAAAAUGUCAACUCGAUUGGAUCAUGGGAAGUGGGUUAAAAAACGACCGAAAGAUUUACACGGUCGUAAGCGCGCAAGCAAGCACGCAAGCAAGCAAGCGAACUUAAUAUAAAGGAUUUAAAAAGUGGUAUCUAUUUUAUCGACCCCCUCCCACUGCAGGGAUGAUCGGCCGAGACCACCGUCCAUCCGUCCCUGGCCAGGAUUUGAACUCACGACCUCGCCGAGCCACGGCGAAUUCUGAUCAAUAAAUGGCAUCGAAUUUCGUCUGAAGUAAUCGGGAUGCGAGGUAUAAGGGUAGUGUCCGGAGGGAAUAGUGGGGGGCCCUUCCAACAUGGCCAUUGUGCCCCCCUGGGUGGUCUAAGGGAAACUCUGGGCGGCCCUGGUUCAUGCAUGGCACGAGUUCACCGUUCGUGUGUUCGUUCCGAUUGAGCGUGAACGUGGGUGCCAUAGGAGGCGGCAAUGCUUUACGUUAUUAUCUGCGGUAUAAACUCGACACGCGCGACACGCAUGCACGCGUUCGACGGCGUUCACAAAUGUAAAACUGCCGCGGUGAUGUUUUUGUUAGUUGCGAAACGGCUCUCGGAUUCAUCACCACCACGCAUAUACACACUUAAGUUAUUUAAACAUGCAGGAAUAUUGAAUAAAGUAUUUAUAUCUUUUG